CACUUACGUCAUCACAGUGUAUUUGUAAUGGAUUUUUUGUUAUGACUUUUAGGUUAUGGUGCAUAAAAUUAAGGACUAUUAUGUGUGGUGUGCGUAAUUUGAAUUCGUAAAGUCGGAACGUGUUUAAAUAUAUGAUGGAAAAUUCGCUCGAAGAUGGCAAAUGUAACAAAGACCACAUCAAAGACUUAGGUACGUCUCAGACAAGUCUCAAAAGUACAAAAAGCUUAGAUAAGAGCAGCACUAGUGGUUCAGUUAAAAACGAAAAAAUCCAUUUCAAAGAAGAGAAUCAUGAACAUGACAAUCAAAAAAAUACUGAUGCUUCGUUAAAAGUGCCUCAUAAAUUUAUAGCGAAUUGGAGACAGGCAUGUGACAAAACUAAAGACAAGACGAAGGAUUUGUUAAAGCGGUGGAGGACUUUGCCGGAAAUUGAAACGGAAAAUACGAAGAAGAAUGAAGAGAUUGUGGAGAAGGACGAACACAGCGAUAGUGGAUGGAGUGUUCAUGUCUGGACCACUUGGGUUGACAGGUUUAGCAUAGAAUCAGAAGCUGAAAACAGGGAAGAUUGCCAAUUGACACCAACACAGAACAAUAAGUUUUCACACUUCUUCUCAUGUUUACUUGACCACGACCAAGAUAAUUUAAUAAGUGAACAAGAUUUUGAAACAUUAAUUGAGAGAUUGCGACAUUUUGCUGACUGGUCGAUAAAUUCUCCGGAAUUUAAUAUUCUUCGAGAGGUGGAACGUGGUUUCAUUGAAACUUUUUUAUCUGACAUAUCUGACGAAAAAUUGGGCUUCACCCUGAACGGGGAAGUGUAUUUAACAAAAGAUGGAUGGUUACAUAAAUGGUCACAAUUGACUUUUGGCUCAAAAAACCUGUGUGACUUUCCCAUAUGGUUGCAAUUUUUCGUUAAAGUUUUAUUUCAAGUCAUCAAUCGUUGUGGAUCGGGGAUGAUCACAAGGGAUGAGUUAAGUGCAUUUUAUUCGUCUGUUUUGGGUUUAGACACUGUGAAAGUGGGAGAAAUUUUAGAUAUUGCCUAUCAGGCUAUGACUUCGAACGGCGAUCAUCCACUGAUAUACAAAGCGUAUCGAUUAUGCUUUGCGAACUAUUUGUUGGGGAGAUAUCCGAACGGACCAGGACAAUACAUUUUGGGUGCUCCACCAAAUGCACUCUCGUCAGCAAUGUUUCCUGUUGAUUAUUCAGCACUGAAUACACAACCCGAGGACUUGGAACAAUAUGCACCGGAUCAAAAAACAAACAGACGUAGUGUCAUAGUAUGAUUAAAUUUUUAUAGAUUAUCGCAAUAUUAGUAUUGCCACGGCGCACAUAAAACUAGUCAUUUUACAUUUUUACAAUUUAAUAAUAAUCUGUAAUAAAAUAGUGCAAUGAAUUAAACCUUUAAUUUCGGUGCUUCUUAAUUAGUACAAAGUUUUAAAUUGUGAUUUUGUAAAAUGAUCAAAUAAAUAGCAUUUUACACAAGUGCACCUUCCCAAAAUAAAAUUCUAAAAUCUAUGUGAUAUUUAAAAAUUAUAAUUGAUAACAAUAGAACCACAUUUGUUAUACAGGUGUCCUAGAAUGUGGUAUUUUACACGAAUAUUGAGAAUUUUGCUCGGUUCUGCCCUUAAUUGGAAUUCUUAAUAUACAUCAGUUGUAAAUAAAAUGGUUGCGCUGUUGGUAAUGUUCUGUAUUGUAUCGUAUCGUAGGAUAUGCUAGAAUUUAUCAUAAUACAUUGUAUGUAUUCAUUCUAGGACCGUGUGUAACUUUAAAUUCAGUUGCAUAUUAUCAUAAUCAUCGUUUGUGAUAGACUAUUCUCUCAAGGCCAUAAUCAAAUCUAUUGUUAACGAAUUUUUUUUAUAUUGUAUACAAGGAAAUGCAGUGUUUAUCUUCAAGUUACUUUGCUGUUAUUUUGUUUACUUAGCAAAGAGUGUGCAUAUCAUGUAAAAAUGAAUCAAAAGGGCACAACGUUUUGACAGAAAUGCACUUAGGAUAAUGUGUUGUUAAAAGUAAUAAACAUUAUUACUCAAAAUAGUUUUAUUUUCUAUUACCUUGUUACACUGGCAAGACAAAACUCAAUCAUGUUGAACAUUAAACAACAUAAACGAACGCCAAAU